UUUUUUUGUUUGCUCUCAGGUUCCACACCACUUUUUUCACACCAGAAAUCAAACAAGUUGGCAUAAAAUAAGAGUAACAGAUCGUAUUUACACGAGAAAAUCAAAAAAGCUCACUUAAAAAAAUAAAUAAUUAGUUGUCAUCAUAUGAUAAUUCAGAGUUAGAGGCUGGACUGGGGAACAUAACUAGAAUUUAGUCCUUAGUUUCCUUCUGCAAUCCACCCACCCCUUAAAAUAAGAUGACUGAAGCCUGCUGCUCUUUUGGCUGUUUGGCUACGCAGUUCCAAAUCUUUUUGAUUAAAAGAAUACUAAUCUUGAGUAUUUAUAUUGCGCUCUAUCAGCUCAGCCACCAAGCUAGUUGGUUCUGCAAACACUUGUAAGUACCUUUCAAGAGCUUCCAUUACCAGAUAACAGCGGGUUGGUUACUGAUUUAGUCACUCCAAUGGCUGAUCCUGUGACCACCCAAACCUCCUCAGCUUUGCCUCCUCCUCCGACCCGUCCACUGGAAUAUGAGGUGUUCCUCAGUUUUCGAGGUUUUGACACUCGAAAAGGUUUUACUGACCAUUUGUACAAGGCUUUGAUUCGGAACGGAAUCCACACUUUCAGGGACGAUGAACAACUGAAGAGUGGAAAACCCAUUUCAAAGGAACUCCUCAAAGCAAUUGAAGAAUCGAAAAUUUCAGUCAUCAUUCUUUCAACAAACUAUGCGACCUCCACAUGGUGUCUGGAUGAACUUGCGAAAAUGGUUGAACUGGCAAACAAUGAGUCCAGAUUGAUUUUGCCCGUGUUCUACAACGUGACGCCAUCCGAAGUACGAGAGCAAACUGGAGAUCAUUUUAAAAAGGCAUUUGCUCAACAUGAUAAAGAUUUCGAAGGUGAGCCAGGAAAGGUGGCAAGGUGGAAGAACUCUCUCACUGCAAUAGCCGAACUCGAAGCCGAAGGAUUUGAUCUGACAAAUUUUAGAUACGAGACAGAUAUGAUUGAAAAGAUAGUUGAACGUAUUUUUGGUGUUUUGAUUCAAACAUUCUCAAAUGAUGAUUUAAAGGACUUUGUUGGAAUGGAUCGUGUAAAUGAAAUUAAAUCCAAAAUGAGUUUGUGUAUGGGUUCGGAAGAAGUCCGUGUAAUAGGGAUUUGUGGGAUGCCAGGGAUUGGUAAGAGUACUGUUGCCAAAGCUCUUUCUCAAAGAAUUCGCAGUCAAUUUGAUGCUACCAGUUUCAUUUCUAAGGUUGGAGAGAUAUCUAAAAAAAAAGGCUUAUUUCAUGUCAAAAAACAACUUUGUGAUCACUUGUUGGAUAAGAAAGUAACCACAAAGGAUGUCGAUGAUGUGAUAUGUAAGAGAUUGCGUGACAAACGGGUGCUUAUAAUUCUUGACAACGUGGAUGAAUUAGAACAAAUAAAAGCUGUAGCUGGAACUGAUGGUGCAGACUUAUCCAAUCGGUUUGGUAAGGGAAGUAGAAUCAUCGUAACCACAACAGAUGAAAGGUUGUUGAUAUAUUAUAACCACCCAGAAAUAUACACAAUUGAGAAACUUACUUCGGAUCAAGCUCUUCUUCUCUUCUGUCGGAAAGCCCUCGAAACAGACCAUCCCACUGAUGCUUUUAAGAAGUUGUCUAACGAAUUUGUAGAUUACAUUGAUGGUCAUCCAUUGGCUCUUGAAGUUUUCGGUCGCUCCUUACGGGACAGAAAAGAAGACUAUUGGUCCACUAAAUUGAAGUCUUUAAAAGAUAAUAACUACUCUGGUGAGGAGAAAAUUAUUGGUGUUCUUAAAGCAAGUUUUGAUGGAUUAGAGAAUCAAGAACAGAAGGACAUGUUUUUGGACACUGCAUGUUUCUUCAAAGGCGAGGAUGUAUGUCGUCUAGAAAAGAUAUUUGAAAGUUGUGGUUACUAUCCAAGCAUCAAUAUAGACAUCCUCUGUGAGAAAUAUUUAGUAAGUAUGGUAGGAGGAAAAUUGUGGAUGCAUGAUUUACUACAAAAAAUGGGCAGAGAUAUUGUUCGUGGAGAAUCCAAAAAGGAAGGAGAACGCAGCAGAUUGUGGCAUCAUACAGUAGCCCUUCCUGUACUGAGGAAAAAUAAGGGGACAAAAACUGUUGAAGGUAUUUUCCUAAGCUCGCCUCAGCCAGACAAAGUACACUUGAAGAAAGAUCCAUUCUCAAACAUGGACAAUCUAAGAUUGUUGAAGAUUUACAAUGUGGAAUUUUCUGGAUGUCUUGAAUAUCUUUCAGAUGAGUUAAGCUUAUUGGAAUGGCACAAAUGUCCUUUCAAAUCUCUGCCUUCAAGUUUCGAACCCGACAAACUUGUUGAACUGAACUUGUCUGAAAGCGAAAUAGAGGAAUUAUGGGAGGAAAUUGAGAGACCCUUGGAAAAGCUGGCGGUAUUAAACCUUAGUGAUUGUCAAAAGUUGAUCAAGACCCCUGACUUCGACAAAGUCCCAAACCUUGAGCAGCUAAUCCUUAAAGGUUGUACAAGCUUGUCUGCGGUUCCCAACGAUAUCAACUUGAGAUCUCUCACAAAUUUCAUUCUUUCGGGUUGUUCCAAACUCAAAAAACUUCCAGAGAUUGGGGAGGACAUGAAACAAUUAAGGAAGCUUCAUUUAGAUGGGACAGCAAUAGAAGAGCUACCAACAUCAAUCAAGCAUUUGACUGGCCUUAUUCUGCUCAAUCUUAGAGACUGCAAGAACCUUUUGAGUCUGCCAGACGUCAUUGGUACUAGUUUGACAUCACUUCAAAUACUCAACGUCUCAGGUUGUUCCAAUCUUAAUGAGUUACCAGAAAAUUUGGGGAGUUUAGAAUGUCUACAGGAGCUCUAUGCAAGCAGGACAGCUAUACAAGAGCUACCAACAUCAAUCAAGCAUUUGACUGACCUUACUCUGCUCAAUCUCAGAGAAUGCAAGAACCUUUUGACUCUGCCAGAUGUCAUUUGUACUAAUUUGACAUCACUUCAAAUUCUCAACCUCUCAGGAUGUUCGAAUCUUAAUGAGCUACCAGAGAACUUGGGCAGUUUAGAAUGUUUACAGGAGCUAUAUGCUAGUGGGACUGCUAUAAGCCAAGUACCUGAAAGCAUGUCUCAGCUUUCUCAGCUUGAAGAACUUGUUUUGGAUGGUUGUAGCAAGCUUCAAUCAUUGCCAGCACUUCCAUUUAGUAUAAGAGCUAUAAGUGUACAUAAUUGUCCUCUCCUGCAGGGAUCACAUUCAAAUAAAAUAACGGUGUGGCCUUCAGCUGCUGCCGGAUUUAGUUUUCUAAAUCGCCAAAGACAGCACGACAUGGCUCAGGCGUUUUGGUUACCUGAUAAACAUCUAUUGUGGCCAUUCUAUCAAACAUUCUUUGAGGGUGCCAUUCGGCGUGAUGAAAGGUUUGAAUAUGGUUAUCGAUCGAAUGAAAUUCCAGCAUGGUUAAGCCGUCGGAGUACUGAAUCAACCAUAACAAUCCCGCUGCCUCAUGAUGUAGAUGGUAAGAGUAAGUGGAUAAAACUUGCUCUGUGCUUUAUUUGUGAAGCAGCCCAGAAGCAUGAUAGUUUGGAAGAUGUACCAGAAUUUGAUGAGGAAUUGGGAGUAAAAUUCACUCGCAUUCACCGUAUUGAACUCUAUACAACUGAAGAUCCUCAUGAACAUCUCCUUGCGCUUGAUUACCGUGAUUGCAAUUUCGCUGGACCAUUUAUACAUUGGUGCUUUAUAGCACAGAGUGACCUUGCAGAAAGUACGAAUAAACGCUUGAUCCAAGCUACAAUUACACCUGAUAGCCCAGGGACAAAGAUUACAGGGUGCGGGGCGAGUCUCAUAUACUUGGAAGAUGUGCCUAAAUUUGUCCGGAAAUUGAAUAAACACUAUAGUUAUUGCUAUCAAGGCUAUCAGCCUGAACAAGAAGAAGAUGGUAUGAGAAGUAUUCCGUCGACAAGCGGGGUUCAAACUGAACAAGAAGUACAGGAACAAGAAACUACUACUUCAACCCGGAUUGUAGGUCAAUUGAGAAGAAACGUGGAGUCAUUGCUUGAAAAACUAUUUGAGGGAUUGCAGCAAGGCCUUCCGAAACUAUAUGAUUAUGGUUUUAUUUUUUGUCUACGAGAAAGAUUACUGUGGUUUAGUGAACAAAGCAGUACAUCUGCAUGCACAGUAAACUUACGUCUUCCUCCAAAUCUGCACAACGAUGAGAAAUGGGCAGGACUUUCUCUCUACGUUGUCUACGCUCUGCCUCCAGGUCUUCCACGUUCCAGAAAUUUAUAUGAGUGUUACUUGAAUACACCUAUUGAGGCUGUGGGCCAUGAGCAAUUGAUGCAUCGCUUAGGGUUAGUAUCCCUCUGGGAUGACACUGUAGGCUCACAUCGACUCCUCAUUAUUCAUAUACCACGAGUACGUUUUCCGGAACGUCUGAAUCGCUGUCAUUUCGUUCAGGCUUUAUUUGGAUGUAGAACUCCAGGUGUGCAGGUUGAAAUGUGUGGGAUGCGUCUUGUAUACAAGCAAGAUUUGAAAGCGUUGAUCCAAACUAUCGCCCAUUGCACCAAUGAUCGGCCUGCUUAUUACGGAACUGGUGAUUUUACAGAAACCAGGAAAUAUAAGGGAAUUAGUUUGGGAGCUACAAGUUUGCUAACGAAUCUGGUUGAAGCAGCCAAAUCCAGCGAGCACAGCUCUGUCAGCUCAGUUUGUCCUCCUUUCAUGCCUAUAGAUUUCCGUCCAGAACCUUAUAAUGAGUACUCCCAACAUGAAAGAAAAACAACACCAAUUCAUCCACUACAGUACUUUGGCAAUGCCUUUUAUCCUACCAACAAAAUGAGCUCAGAUCAGAAUCAGCUCCUAGACUUUGAACGUGACUUGAAAUAUAAUUCUUGUUUCCCUCCAAAUGAGAUUGUAGAGUGGUUCGGGCAUCAAAGCAGUGGCCCCUCUGUAAAAAUCCCUCUACCAUCAAAUCUAUGUGAAGACACCAACUGGAUAGGACUGGCUUUAUGUGCAUACUUUUCAGUCCUUGACCACUCAACUACUGACCUUGACAAUUUGAACCCUGAAAUUUCUCACAACCUUACAUGUCUAUUGGAAACUGAUGAAAGUUGUCUGGAAUCCCUCCAUGGCUAUUGCACCAACAGUCAAGAAUUCAAGUGGUUGUAUCAUAUGGGAGGAUUCAUUUGGCUGUCCUAUAUACCACGAUGCUGGUUUUCAGAUCAGUUGAAAGAACAAGGCCACCUGGAGGCUUCAAUUGGAAGCGAUCGUGGAAGCUUGGGUGUGCAUAGGUGUGGGCUUCGUCUUAUAUAUCUGGAAGAUGAGGAAGGGCUUAAGGAGACCAUAAUGCACUGCAUGACCUCCUUGUCUGAUAUUAAUGAAGGAAAAGAUGAGCAAUACAAGAACUGCGAGGCAGGAUCAUCUAGUAUAACUGGCAGCAACAUUGUAAACCCUGUAAAUCCCCAUCUUGAAAGAUCAGAGGAGCCCAAUGAUAAGAAAUGGAACUUUGGUUGUCACACUAUGUAUAAUUCUUGUUUCCCUUCAAGCAUCACUCUGGAGUGGUUUGGGGAUCAAAGCAGUGGCUCCUCGAUAAGAGUCCCACUACCACCACAUUUAUAUAGAGCCACUAAUUGGAUAGGAUUGGCUUUAUGCACAUCCUUUUCAAUCGUGGAUAAUCCAACUGCUGACCUAGACAAUUUGAAUCCAGAAAUUUCUCACCACUUAAUAUGUCACUUGGAGUCGGACAGAGGUACAAUAGAACCUCUCCAUGACUAUUGCACCACCAACGAAGAAUUCCAAUGGUUGCCUUUUGGAGGAUUCAUUUGGGUAUCCUAUAUACCACGAGCGUGGUUUUCAGAUCAGUUGAAUGAAUGUGAUGUCCUGGAGGCUUCAUUUGCAAGCGAUCAUGAAGCAUUUACUGUGCACGAGUGUGGGCUACGUCUUGUAUAUCAGCAUGACGAGGAAGAGAUUAAGCAGACCAUAUUGCACUAUAUGACGUCGUUGUCAGAUAAGAAAGGAAAAAAUAAGCAAUGCCCCACGGGUGACGCGGGAUCAUCUAGUAGGCCUAGCAGCUAUAUUGUGAAACCUCAUCUCGAAAGAUUAGGAAGGCCAAGUGAUGAGAAAUGGGACUUUGAUCGUCACUCCAUAUAUAACUCAUGUUUCCCUUCAAGCAUAACUCUAGAGUGGUUUGGUCAUCAAAGCAAUGACUCCUCGGCAACAAUCUCGCUACCACAUAAUCUAAACUUAGACAGCAAUUGGAUAGGAUUAGCUGUAUGUGCAUACUUUUCAGUCCUGGAGCAUCCAACUGUCGACAUUGACAAUUUGGAUAUUCCAGCAAUUUCUCACCACCUUAUAUGUAAUUUGGAAUCAGAUAGAGACAGUCUAGAAUCUUUGCAUGACUACUGCACCACAAACGAAGAAUUCCUAUGGUUGCAUCUCGGAGGAUUCGUUUGGGUAUCCUAUAUACCACGAGCAUGGUUUUCGGAUCAGCUGAAUGAAUGCGGUGUACUAGAGGCUUCAAUUGCAAGCGAUCAUGAAGCCUUUAGUGUGCAAAAGUGUGGGCUCCGUCUUGUAUAUCAGCAUGAUGAAGAAGAGUUUAAGCAGACCAUAUCUCGUUCUCAGAUAAGGAAGGGAAAAAUAAGCAACACCCUCACCGCCCGUUGAACAGGAUCAAUGACACUAAGGGUAAACUAAGUACUGGAAUAACUUCUCCCCAUUAGCAGAUUUUGCUACCUUGGGAACUCCUCCUCAAUAUAUUGAUGCAGUCAAGCAUUCAUCUAGUUCUCAGUCGAAGUCCAUUACGAAAGUCAUUAUCUUUUACUGGUUGAAUCAAUUACAGAGUGGUUAGCUUCUUUUUUUUUUUUUCCUAUUAAAAAAAAGUGGGUUGAUUAAGUAUUUGAUCAUUAUAUGCGUUUCCACAGCUAAUUUACUACCUAUUUUAAUGGUGGAUUACAACAGAGCACUUCUUAUUACAGCUUAAUUGGGUAAUUUAGGUUAGUUACUAAAUGCUGUUCUUCUUUUGAAGCAAAAACAUGGCAAAUAAAUACGAAUUCAUACGAAUGAAAAUGCA